ACCUCUGAGCCAUUUCUCAGCCCCUGGUGAACAUAAUCUUUUUCAGAUGUUGUUUGAUAACUGUAGUCUGUUUUCCAUCUUUGCCAAUAUUGCUGAUAAAUUGUUAUUGUCUCUUUCAAUGAUCAUUUAUGUUGUUUCCUUGUGCAGUAUGCAGUACACAGUACUAUGCAGUAGGCGGAGCUCUCAUUUAUCAAAAGACAGAAACAUUGUUAUUGAUUGAUAAGAUUCCUUUCUCUAAUUUUGAAGCUGCCAUCCAGGUCUCUGGAAAUAGACCCAUUGCUGCAAUCAGUAGUAAUCGUUUCACACAUCAUUAUGUUUCCCUUGGCCCGAUCCGCACUAAACCGUUUGAAGACUCAAAGCAUUCGACAAGUUGUGGCAAGACAGGGCCACAAAAAGACCUCAUCGGAUUUUCAUGACAAAUAUGGCAAUAUGAUGCUAAUUAGUGGAUCCACUUUCUGUUUUCUUGGAUUUAUAAUUUAUAUCACACAGAUGGGGGUAGAAUGGAAUCUGUCUCCCGUUGGCAGAGUUACCCCAAAAGAGUGGAAGAAUAAGUAAUUAUCUCAGAUACCAUAAUACACCUUGUCUCAAAACAAACUUGUCAUGGAAAUGUUCUGUUAAUUAAAUAUA